AUGGGAAAAUAUGGGAAGUGGUGGGGAAGACGAAAACCCGGAAAAUACGGGCCGGCCGAGGGCGCAGACGCCCCGGGGCCGCUGGCGCAGAGCCGCUCGGAGGGGCGCCUGGCCGGGGCCCUUCCGCUGGGCGCGGGCGGCAGCGAGAGGAGGCCGUCCAGCGAGUCCCUGGUGUCCCCGCUCCCGAGGCGCAAGCCUGCCCAGCUGAGAGGCGGCCCCCUGGACGCAGCGGCCCCGGGGCCGCGGGGCCCGGCGCUCUCGCCCGCGACGUCGGGGACGGGGACGCCGCCCUUCGGCGCCGCCUCGCCGACCAGCCUGACCGGCAACAGCGCGGACAGCUCGCCGACCGCCAGCAGGGGCCCUCGCCCGUGGGACGCGGCGGCCUGCGGCGCCUUUGCCCCCAGGUUCCUCCGCAGCAAGGGCCGGGGUGCCCCGGCGACGUUGCAGGCGCUGCCGGGGACCCCGCAGCGGGGGGCGGGGGAGCCCGCCGCGGGCGGCGCGGACGAGUCGCCGCUCGCCCACGCGGACUGGAGCUCGGUGCGGAGGGGUGAGCAGGACCAGGAUCGGGGGCGGCGCCUCUCGGCCCGGCGGCGCGCGCGCGGACCCCGCCCGCGCUGGGCGCGGCGGCCGAGCCCGCGGAGGGCGAGGGGGAGGGCGGCGGCCGGCGGGAGAGCGCCGGCGAGUCAGCGGUGGUGA